GUGAAGUUCCCUCGGCCGAGUUCUGCCGUCUCAGUCGCCGAGUUUCGAGACUCCGAAGCGGACGCUGCGAGUCACCUUUUGCCAUGGCGAAGGCUCUCAUGCUGUCGUGCUUGGCGGUCGUGCUCCUGGUCGGUUUCCUGGAGGCCACUCCAAGAACUCCCAACGUGCAAGUUUAUUCCCGCUAUCCUGUGGAGAAGGGCACAGAAAACAUUGUGAAUUGCUAUGUGGACAACUUCCACCCUCCCAAAAUCAACAUCACAAUUGAGAAGGGCGGGAAGCCACUUGAUGUGAAACAGUCUGACCUUUCUUUUGAUAAAACCUGGGCCUUCAAUCGCCUUGUCUAUGCCAAGGUCACUCCAGAUGGGGAAGAUGUUGCCUGCAGAGUGGAACACAGCACCCUUGCUGGACCAAAAGUUGUCAAAUGGGAGCAAGAGUAAUAACCAAAUGACCCCUCAGCAGGAAAGGUCCAAAGAGCCUUCCUUUUUAUUGCUCCUUGAACAUUCUUCCUGUACUGUUCCUGCUUUUCUACUGAUUAUGUAGCUCUCUGGAUAGUUUUCCAUUAUGAACCGCAUACAUCAAGACCUGCUGAUGGGCUGUGCUUGAGACUUUGAAAUGUAUGGUGUGGGCUUUCAUAUAUGUUGUCCACUGUAGGCAGACAAUUGAAGAUUGGCUUGGAA